AACUGAAAGAGUCCUCUCUCUGUGUGUAAGGAAAUUGUACCUUUGUGUGUGAGAGAGUAAAGGAAAAACAGCAACAUCUUUCUACGUGCUGGCGCUACAAGGGAAACAAUAUCGUCUGCAUUAAGCUCUUUCAGACAACUGCUGUGGGAAGCACAGUUGAACAGAGUGGCAUCGAAUAAUGGCAACCAGGAUCAUCUGUCAACUCAUGAAGUGUGAUGCUGAGGUGCAAUAAUACCAUACUUGCAAGGAAAUAUGCUCCUUCUCAGAUGUAAACCCAAAGACCUCUCAGCUUUAUAUCUGUUCUGGAGGACCUGAUUGCUUAGUGGCAGGGAAUAUGUCAUCCUAUGGGGAUGAAGCGUCACGAUGGAACCUCAGACAUGUCAGAAGAAUAGCUGAGCUCUUGGAGCCAGUGGCCUCCCCCAGCUAUGCAAACAGGUUUUCACCAGAGAAAUCUUUGGGUGGCAUGGACCAGUGCUUGCACAUUCCUGGAAAAGCAGACUCAGCAUACAGUUCAUUCUCAGGUGGCUCAAAUAUCCCAGAGUGUCCUAUCCCACCAUGCUACAAUGAACAGGAGUCUUUGCCUUCAGAGCAGUUGCCGUAUAUGGACUCCGGGUAUGUCAGAGGAAUUUAUAAUCCCAGUGCAAUAAAUUCUGAUAUUAGACAGCUCUAUGAAGAUAAGACAGCAGAAAUGAGCAGGCACAAUUUGGACAACACUGGUCAUGGCAUGCGAUUUGGAAGCAUUCCUACCCAUGGAAUGGUAUGCCAAUCGUCAACACCACCAGCGAUCAGGCUUCCCCCUCCUCUUCCUCACUUACCAUCCCCACAAGCUCAAGUGGACAGCUAUCAAAUUACUAGAAAGGUAGAGCAAAGCCAUCCCACAAUUUGUUUUGACUACAGUGUACAAGCAGAACACUGUCCCAACCCAGAGCUCCCUUUUGACUCCCCCGUAAGCUGCUAUGAGGACUGUUGGCUCUCUAGAUGUAAGACUGAAAGUCCAAUCACAGAAGAGGAAGACCUUUGGUACGCUGCCAAUCAAAACACCACAAAGGAAAUUAACUCUGCCAUUACCACUAAACCUUGUUUAACGUUUCAAGAAUAUUUAAACUCGGGGUCUUUGGACAAGACCCAGAAGAUUUUGUGCGCUCAACAUUUAGUCCAUACUUAUAAAAGUCCUGAGGAGAUGAACUCGAAGUCCUCUCCUUCCCUACAUGCCAGCCACAAUGCUGUUAAUGAUACACAAGAGAACAAACAGUAUUUUUAUGCCUGCAGUGUACACAAACCACCCUUCACAGAAACCGAUCUGCCAAACAGCCUGGCAGGGCCCAGUACAGCAGAGGGACAGCGUCAUGGUGCUCUGCAUUCAUUCGAAACGGACAGUCAUUCAGGUUUGGAUCAGGACAGAUGUGAGAGCUGCCUGAGCUUAAAAUAUGCUGACAGCUUUCUUCCUAAUGAGGCUGUGCUAGGGAUAAUUAAUAGCUAUGAAGUUAAGCAAUGUUGGUUCGGCUCUGAAGGAGAAACCAGCAGAGACGUUUGGCAGCCACUUCUAAAACAGAAAACUAGAAUGCAGAAGUUACCAUCCUGUGGCUUGGACGGUGGAGACACUCUUCACUGUGAAGUUUAUGAUACCGCCGACACAGUAUCUUAUUACAAACAUGAUGAGGACUCUGCAUCCCGAGCGCUCAAUGGAUUUAGAAAAGCAAAGCAAAAUGAUAAUCACAGCAGCCCUGACCUUCUUACGAACUCCAGACAAGAGGAAAUGCUCAAGCCUGUUCAAUUUCCAAAACAACCAUUUCCCAAGAAGGCUGAAAGUCAAUCCCAGGAUAACCCUACCAGCAUGAAAAUAAACAGAAAGACCACUCCCCUGCUUUACUACCUUUCUGGUGGGAAAAAUAGCAACGUUGUGAGUCUUAAAAACCAAGUUCAGGAACAAGAGGAUUUCCCUGUACAAUCUCCAAGAGGCCAUCACCUGGUCUCUGCAGAGCCGAUAGAGAUACCAAGGGACAAAAACAAUAGUGUGGAUGAUACUGCCAGCACGAAUGAAGGGUUAAUUCUGGGGAGCCCUGCAUCAUCAGUGGAUGAGAAGUUUAAGAAUGACUAUCGGGAAAAACUUAAGGUUGCGCAAAGAAAGGUCCUGAGAGAAACCUCUUUCAAGAGAAAGGAUUUACAGAUGAGCUUGCCUAUUCGUCUAAAGCAAAAGCCCUCCUCCAGGCCAUCCAUUCAACAUCUCAGGUCUUUGUCAUUAUCUAGUACAAAUGAGGACUCUAUUCCACCUCCAAAGCCACUGGAAACCAUCACGAAAGAGGAAGAAUCAAAAAGACCACUAACUAUUCGAAUUGGGGGAAGAAAAAGGGCUACCAAAGAACAAAAGAAGAUCUCUUAUUCAGAACCUGAGAAGCUCAACCAACUGGAUGAUCAGAGAGAUCAGAGCAUAGCAUGGAGGAACAAAAAUGCAAGGUCCAGGUCUGAUGAAAUUAAUGAACAAGAUACUAGGAUGGUCAUAAGCAAAACUCUAGAAAAUCAAGGCAGGGCUGUUUCCAAGGCAGAACUGAAGCAAAUCCAGCACAAUGCACUUCUUGAGUACAUGGAACGAAAGAUUGGGCAACGACCUGUGACUGCACAGAGCAGCACACAACAGAAGCCCCCUUUGCAACGGAAGCCGUCAAAUUCAAAGAAGUUUUCAGAAGACAACAGAAAGUUACAGAAUAUUGAUGGCUUCUGUCAGUUUCCUGCUCCAGGGACAGGGAGAAUUCUAGAACCUCCCUCCUUCCCUUCAACUUUAACUCCCACAGCUGCAGCAACCAAUAUACCUGUUCCCACCUCUUCAGUGUCUGAAAUGGCUAAUGCAAAAGUGCAGCUGUCAGUGAAGGAAGCUGCUGUCAGUGAAGGAAGCUGUGGCAGCAAGCAUGCCUCAACUAAAAGUCUUCUUCACUCAGUGGCAUCUGCCUCCAGCAAAGGCCGAGGAAGAUUAAAACCAACCCCUUCUCCUGUGCAGGAUAUUUAUAGGUCUGCUGCCUUCCCAGCAUUGUCAACUCAGGAUCAUGAAAACUAUCUCACGCAUCCUAGCUCCCCACAAAAGGAGGAACAGGAAAUGGGCCCAUCUGACAAAAAGCCACAGGAUUCUUUUGCAACUGUGAAGCCAAGCACUUAUACAGCUGGAAGGAGGGGGAAGUCUAUGGAAGAAACGGGGAUCUCAGAAGUGGUCAGACUCUCACCACUAAGUCAAAGUACGGAUCAGCUUCACCAUCUGAAAAGCUGGCAUAUUUCCUCUGGGCUUGAGACUUGCAAAAACAGUCAAGGGACAAACCACCAAAACAUUCUGCAGAACUGUGAGUCUGCAUCUGGACAUCUGUCUAGACAAUUAUGUACUGAAGGUGUUGCAGGGCUAAAUGCAACAGUCCAGGCACUUGAACAACCUCGAGGCAUACCUAAACUCAAGAGCACUUUCGUAAAUCGAAGUAGUCUGUCCCUGUGCCAUGGAGUCCCCCUUUCUACGGACAGGUUGCAGCCCCCAGUCAUACCUUUGGAGUCUCUUCAUGCUUCGCCAGCUUCUCCUGCUGAGACAGACAAUGAUGUUUUUCAGGGGUCUUUUGCCAGUGGCUCAGAAACAGUCUCAAACCUUCCUGCCUUCUAUAGACAAAGAGAGAGUUCCAUUCCAGACAGGAAAACACCAGAACCUGCUUUAGCUGCACCACUGUUACGAAUUUCCACAGAAGAAAAGCAAAUCAGAGAAGAACUCAACAGCAGCAUCCCUGUCCCUGAAAAAGAAGAAUGUAAUCUUGGAAGUAGGAAUGGAAAUAGUGGAGAGAAUUCAUCAGAGAAUUCACAUUGUCUAGAAAUUGCUCCGGACUUGCCAGCUUUCUACCCCAAAGAAAGAAGCAACAAAGAUUCUCAGUCAAAGAAAGAAAUAAGGAAAACAUCCCAAGUGUUCAGUACAUCAGAGAGAACCCAGAGGCAGCCGUUAGAGGCUAAUGACACUACACAUCACUUGGAAAACAGAACCCACAAUUGCACAGCCUUAAUGGACAACCAGGGAGAGAACAAUAGUAGUCAGCCAUUAGCAAAUGCAAACGCUCUUCAAAAUGAACACAGAAAUGAAUUUCCAGUGGAAGAUACAGAUUUGUCUAUAGCACAGUCCAAAUCUCGAGAGGAUCAAAGGCGAGAAGAACUUGCUAUUGAGAUUAUGGCCAAAGACAAGUCCCUGGUUGACAUUCUCAUGCCCCAUCCAAAGACUGCUUUAGAUCUCAUGGAAGGACUUUUUCCUAUGAGCAUUUCAGGGUCAGACAGAUCCUGCAGAAGGAAAGGGAGGAUUCAAGAAAACAAACAAAGUAGCAAUGAUGGUUCAACAGACUCAUCACUUGGGACUGAGAAUUAUCUUGGACAAAGAACAGUUGAUGGCACAUUUCACAUAAACCAAGUCCUGAGAAAAAACAAAGAAACACUUGAUGAUCCAGACAUUACCUCCAAGAAAAAAGAACUUAUUUCUAGCAUCCAACAGAAGCUACAAUCCCUCUGGAAUGAGAAGGAGCUUAUCCAGUCCGAAGCCAAGGAGCAUUCGGUGCAUGGCCAGGAGCUGGAGUCCAUGGUGCAAGGCCUUUGUAAGCCCAACGAGUAUGAGCGCUAUAUGAUGUUCAUUGGUGAUUUGGAGAAAGUAGUGAGUCUGCUGCUUUGCCUGUCCAGCCGUUUGGCUCGAAUCCAGAAUGCCAUGGAAAAAAUUGAUGAAAACACAGAUGCUGAGGAGAAGCAGUCACUAAAUGAGCGGCACAGACUCUUAUCUAGGCAGCGCGAGGAUGCAAAGGACCUGAAAGAGAACUUGGAUCGCAGAGAAAGGGUGGUGUCAGGCAUCCUCUCCAAAUACAUGACUGAGAGUCAGCUCCAGGACUACAGGCACUUUGUACAGGCAAAGACAUCCUUACUGAUUGAACAGAAGCACCUUGAUGAGCAGAUUAAGUUUCUUGAAGAGCAAGUGGAGAGGUUGGAGAAGAGUAUCCUGACUUAAGCUGCAUCAGUAGGCUACUUGCUUUCAUGAAUGAAACGUUUGUGCUGGAACUCCAUCUGCAUUCACAGAGCUAUUGCUCAAGCAAACAAGGCUACAUUUGAUGACUUUCUGUAGGCAUCUCAGUGCCACAGUAUUGACAAGGGCUUAAUUGGCCUAGGCGCGCACUCUUAGGGGGAAAUGACAAAACCUUAAAUGUAGGUAGCAGAUUUUAUCUGGAAAUGACUGCAAUGUGUGUUGCCUUUCAGUAAUGAGUUACAGUAGCUGAUGUGCUGUUUCUUUCCUGUCUGCUCCCUGCCGGUUUCCAGACUGACAUCAUCCCAAUAAAAACAGUAUCAUAAAAA